AUGGAUGGGAUCAUCACCACGCAUUUAGUGGUUACUGACGUGAGCGUUGUUGCGUUGCGUUGCGUUGUGCGGGGGAGCAAUGGCACCGGGCCGCCUGAUACGCAGGGCGCUGCAGAUGCAGAGACUGCGGGAGGCCAUGGCGGAGGCGGGAGCUGGUUCGCACCUGGCACGCAAGAGGGUCCCAAUGGAAUUUUGUUUGCGGAGACGCCCCUUCUGCCUGGCCAAAAGCGUAAAUGGGAAGAUUGGGAAGCCUCGCAUUAUUUCACCGGGAUUCUGACCACGCUCAUGCUCACUGUGGGUCUCCCGGCCAAGCCAGACACUCGAAUUGAGACCUGGGCGCACAUACAGGCUUUGGAGCGCCUUGCAGCGGAAGAGGAAGCUGAGGCGAGCUAGGGUUCGCAUUGUUGGAAAACAAAGAAAAAAGAAAAGAAAAAGGUAGUGCAAUGCGUAGUCGUGAUUUGUGGGGAUUGCCUCAACCUGUAGGUGUCCCUCUAUUAGGUCUUCUUUUAAUGCUGAGGUAGUCGUAAUACUCUCUCUUGAGGUUACAAUGGAGCAACUUGAAGUCUAAGGUUAGCGGAAGGAAAUUAACGACGUUUGGGGCUUUUUCUCAA